GAGCUCGCGGCGCUGAGCGCUCGCCUCCUCCGUGAGCGCCUAAAAUGUUCCUGGCACGCGAGGCCGGGGGCGAUGCAGCGAGGCGCGGGGCACCUUUCCAACAGCUCCUCCGCCGGCAGAGCCAGUGGCACGGCGCGGCGCCGCAGCCCGCCGCUCUCCUCGGCCGCUGCCCCCGGCGCCGCCGCCAUGCAGCGAGGCAGGGUGCGGGCGGUGCUGGCGGCGCUGCUGUGCGCGGCGCUGCUGCCGCUCCGCUCGGACGCCGCCAAGGCGCCCAAGCGCCCGGCGCGGCCCCGGACCUGCGGCGAGCGGCCCGAGGAGCUGCUGGAGCAGCUGUACGGGCGGCUGACGGCGGGCAUGCUCAGCGCCUUCCACCACACGCUGCAGCCGGAGCCGCCGGGCCGCCAGCACAACGCCAGCUGCCCGGCGGGGGGCCGCCCGGCGCCCGACAGGAGGUUCCGGCUCCCCGUCAACCUGCGCAGCGCCUCGCCCUGGGCCUACAGAAUUUCGUAUGAUCCCACAAGAUAUCCUAAAUACAUUCCUGAAGCGUACUGUCUGUGCAAAGGCUGCCUCAUGGGGAUCUUUGGGGAGGAGAAUUUUCACUUCCGCAGCACCCCUGUGUACAUGCCAACCGUCAUCCUGCGUCGCACCUCCUCCUGUGCUGGAGGCCGCUACGUGUACACGGAAGAUUAUGUCACCAUUCCAGUGGGCUGCACUUGCGUACCUGAGCAAGAAAAAGAGGUUGAAAGUGUAAAUUCCAGCAUAGAUAAGCAAGAAAUGAAGUUGCUGGUAAACCAGAACAAGCCAUCAUCAGAAUGAAGAACAUAUAAAGGAUCUUGUGUGCAGUAUUGGCUUCACACCGUCAUUUCACACCUCAAGAAACUGCAAAACAGCAGAAAACUUACUGUCUCUCUACUUGCAACUAUUUCAGUUAUAAGAUGGAACGUUUUGUCCAGUCGCUCAGAUCACUAGACAUGACAGUUCCUAUUAAGAACUUUUUUAGCUUUUUUAAGUAUUCAUUGCAAAUUCCAAUGUAGCUUUUUUUUUUUCUUUAGAGCAGGACAUUUUAUCCUUGCUUAUCCACAGUGAAUUUUAGACAAGGAUGCAACUAUAAGACAUGCUAGCUAUUAUUGUAGCAGGCUAUUGGUUGUAGAUAUUUUAAAGGAGUCUUUUAUACUCUACUUUUAGAUACCCUUAUAUAAAAAUCACAUAACUGCUGCACAUGUACCAAAUCAGCAGUUAAAAAGAUGAUUUUUCAGGCUAGGAGAGCCUGGCUUUUAUACUGUGUAUCUUAACUCCCAGCAGUGUUCUUAGCUGUUAAAUCUUUCAGUAUUAAUACACUACAACGUGGGAACCUGUGCUGAGUUGGAGUAAUUAAUGAAACAAUAUUCUAUGAGUUUGUUAUUUUUAAAUUUGCCAUAUUGCUUAGCGUAUAAAAGUGGUGAGAAAAAGCAUUCUAGAAUAUUAGAAAAGGACAGCAGACUUUUUUAUGUGGACUAAGUCUAACUACACAGAAAAUGUCAAUUAGAAAAAAAACUUAAUAUGGGACCCAGUAAUUCUGUAUUAGAUUUCAUUCAUCAUUAACCUCUUAAUUGUUAAUUGUGAUAAAAUUGUAUUCUGUAAAGCUGCAUGGACAAAAACCUUUUUCAUGUUAGGAGAGAAAAUUAUCCAUUCAAAUAAAUUAAAUACAAAGGGUGGGCUUCAUCUCACCUACCUUACAGCAUCUAAAAAAAAAAAAGGCCAGGUGGCCUAGACUCGUAUUUCCCUAUCACAGCAGAACAAGCGACAGGCCUCCUGAGGGAAGUGAUGGGUCUCUGCCGCCUGCCUCAGGGUAAGAUGAAUAGCUCUCCGGAGGCCCCUCUCUCUCCAGUUGCUGUAGUGGAGCUGUAGGUGAAUACACAGACCAGGUGCAUAACUUUUAGCUGGGACAGGGGGUCACUGAGAUGAGUCUCAGCCAAACCAAACUUAUUAACUCCAACUAAUCAAUAAGUGGUGCUACUAUUUUCCCCCAUGCUACAAUAACAGACAAUCACUUGCAAAGGGUGCUAGGCUGUAGAACAGCAUUCAGUCUUAAGUCUUUGCAGGUUGCAGAAACUUGAGGGCAAGAUCUAACUACACACUCUAGAUACACAAAAAUUUGUGUCUGCAGGACAAGGGACUGAAUGAAGGCUGACUUAGUCUAGUGAGUGAUAGCCAGGAAUAACCAGACAUACCUUGUGUGACCACAACUACUAAGAGGGCACCAGUCUCCAAAUGUGAUAAAUCUCUGAAUGAACAGCAGAAAAUACCUUUUACAGUUGAAGGAUUGUGAUUGCAGUUUCAUUACAAAAGAGAAUAAAUACUAUAUGCAGCAAAAUAGUUGUUACAUCGAGACUCUCCAAAUUACGCUUGGUUCGUGUACAAGAGUAGCUCUGACCACUCCUUUGGAGUAUAUUUGGAUGACGAAUUGAAAGACUAUGAGCUAAACAGAAUUAACAAGGUAAAUAUAGAAUUAAAAUCAUAACUCCA